GGGGCAUGCGGUGGAGCCUAGGUGGCCUGGUGGUUCUUCUUGGAGGUCGAGAGGCCCUGGCUAAGGUCACGGUAAAGCCGGGAAGGUACUUCCUGGUGAACCGAGAUUUUGGGACUUUCCUCCGAGAUGAAGGUUUAGGACUUCGUGACGAUGAUGCCUUGUGGAGUAUAGAGCCCCAGGACGGUGGCUUUCGUGUCAAGAAUCUGAAGACACAGAGACCACUAGGCCGCUCUACUGCUUCGUUUUAA